AUGGAGACAUUUGGAGUCGUCGGCGCUGCUCUUGGAUGCUCUGCGGGCAUCGUGGUGUGUGGGCUUGUGUUUGCAGCCUACAGACUCGGCUUACUCUACCAGUUGUUUCACAAGACUGAAACAAAGAGCCCACGGCAUGGUGGCGAGAGCGUGGCAGAGGUCCUCCGUGCCCAUGGGGUCAAGUACGUUUUCACUCUGGUAGGUGGACACAUCUCGCCUAUCCUGGUGGCUUGUGAGAAGGUGGGCAUCCGCAUCGUGGACACAAGACACGAGGCAACUGCUGUCUUCGCUGCCGAUGCUGUGGCAAGGCUCUCAGGCACCGUUGGUGUAGCAGCAGUGACUGCUGGCCCAGGCCUCACUAACACAGUGACAGCGGUGAAGAAUGCUCAGAUGGCUGAAUCGCCAUUGCUUCUCAUAGGCGGAGCUGCUGGUACACUACUUCAGGGCAGAGGAGCUCUGCAAGAUAUCGACCAGAUGUCUCUUUUCAAGCCGCUGUGUAAGUUCUGUGCGUCCGUCAGGACUGUCAGAGAGAUCGUGCCUACGGUCAGGAAGGCCCUGGCAAUGGCCCAGUCUGGAACUCCUGGUCCUGUUUUCAUAGAGUUCCCCAUCGAUACACUCUACCCCUACCACCUGGUGUCCAAAGAGUUUGCGGUUAAGAACCCUCCCAAAGGCCUGAUGGGAAAAAUUGUCUCAUGGUAUCUAAAUAACCACCUCAUGAACCUGUUUGCUGGAGCCUGGGAGACCCGAGAUGUGUCUCCGCUUCCUGUUGACAUACCACAAGCCACAGAUGAUCAGGUACAAAGGUGCAUAGAGCUGGUGAGUCGAGCCAAGAAACCUGUUAUUCUGCUGGGUAGCCAAGCAACACUACCACCAAUGCCGGUCGAUGACAUUAGGAAGGCAUUGGAGGACCUGGGCAUCCCCUGCUUCCUUGGGGGCAUGUCUCGUGGCAUGCUAGGUAAAGACAGUCCCAUCCACAUCAGACAGAACAGGAGAGAUGCUCUGAAGGAAGCCGACUUGGUGCUCUUAGCAGGCACCGUGUGUGACUUCCGCCUGAGCUACGGCAGAGUUCUCAACAGACGAAGCAAGAUCAUCGCUGUCAACAGAGAUAAGACACAGCUGCUGAAAAACUCAGAUAUGUUCUGGAAACCAACUAUAGCAAUUCAGGGUGACGCCGGUUCAUUCUUAGUACGGCUUUCUAAAGGCCUGAAGGGCCAUCGCUGUCCAGGGGAAUGGCCUGAGACCCUCAAAGCAGGAGACGUGACCAAAGAAAAUGCAAACAGGGCUAAAGCCGAUGAGAAGACAGAACACCACUUAAAUCCACUGAAAGUCCUCCACCGUGUGGAUGAGCUGAUGGAAGAGGACAGCAUCAUUGUUGCUGACGGGGGUGAUUUUGUUGGAAGUGCUGCUUACAUUAUGAGACCAAGAGGACCUAUGCGCUGGCUAGAUCCCGGAGCCUUUGGGACCCUUGGAGUUGGCGCAGGAUUUGCCCUGGGAGCAAAACUGUCCCGACCUGAAUCUGAGGUGUGGAUAGUGUAUGGUGACGGCUCCUUAGGGUACAGUGUUGCAGAGUUUGACACAUUCACUAGACACAAGACACCAGUUAUAGCUGUGGUGGGAAAUGAUGCAUGUUGGAGUCAAAUCUCCAGAGAGCAGGUUCCCAUCCUGGGCAGCAACGUGGCGUGUGGCCUUGCAUUUACAGAUUAUCACAUAGUGGCAGAUGGUUACGGUGGUAAGGGCUACCUUAUAGGGCGUGAGGACGAGGACAGGCUAAGCGACAUCAUCAGACAGGCUAAGAAGGGGACCCAGGAGGGCAAGGCGACACUUCUAAAUGUUUUGAUAGGGAAGACCAACUUUAGAGAGGGCUCUAUCUCUGUUUAGAACAGCAGUGUAUUCCUUUAACUUUGGCUGCCUUCAAAGAGUUUUACUAUCAGGCUCUAUGAAAGAUUCCAGCAAAUAGGACAAUAUUGUUAAGCCGAGCCCUGAUCAGACCUCUGCUAAUCCUUUGUGCCCUUAAAGCCAUAUUUCACUUUGAUAAGCGGAAAUUCUAGAGUAUGCUGAUCUCUCAUAUGAGUUCAGUUAUGAUAUCACUUACUUCCCUUGUUAUUAUUUAUUACUAUGUAUUUGUUUUACUUCUUAAAUAUUUAGUUCUACUUACACUUAAAACAUAGCUGCAGAUCUGCCAGCCUAAAAACUAAAGCUUUUGUUGUAUGUGCUACUUUCAGAGUCAUGUUGUGUUCUUUGAAAGACAAUUGCUGCAUUUUAAGAAGUGAAGGACAAAAAAGGAAGAAAAUUUUGCUUUGUUUAGGGAUUGUACCUCUUUGGGGGCUUGGGUGUUAGAUUUCUGACCUUUUAACCAAACUGUUUUUUCAGGGCUGAUACUGAUACUGAUUAUUAGCAAUCAAGGACACCAGUAACUGAUAUCUGGAAUUGAUUUACUGUACAUUUGAAGUAAAAAUGAAAAUCUUGGUGUCAAAAUUUAGAAUAACACAAACUCAACACAAAACUUUGUUGAAAUACCUUUAAGCAUAUGUUGCACUUUCUUUUCAACAGUAUCCCAAAACAAAAAGUGCAGGGAGCUCCCAGCAGCAUUUCUUGUAAAGUUAACUGAAUUUGUUAACAAAUAAACAAACACACACAUAAUAAAUAAAUAAACAAUAUAGCUAUAUGUAUUACACAGUGCCCUCCCUGGUGUUGGUUGAGCGUUUAAGAGAGAGAGAGACAGAGAGAGUUAAAAGUUUGGCCGAAGACUAACAGCUUUGGAAAGCCUUUAGUUGGUUGCAGUUAUUUAAAUGUUAUAUAACAUAUAAUUUAUUUAUAACAUGUGAUAGCAGGGAACCUGUCAUUCAAAACUAGAAUACUUCAUUACGAAGGAUUGCCAUAGCUGAAUAUGUACUAUAGCAAUAGAAGACUAUUCAAUUCUGACAACUGUAUGCCAUCUAUGCAGUCCAUGUAUGGAUUAACACAGGCCUUAGAUGCAGUUCCAUUACGUCUAAAGUCUCUGACAACAAUAUCCUGCACCUCUCUACAAGAGACAGCAUCAGGACACACUUCAGUAAUGUUACUAGCUGUCGUGGGUAGAGACUGAGAGUAUGACUGGCCCUGGUAAGUGACGUGCAAAAAAAUAACGUAAUAGCUUAUCAACUUUUUUGCUAGUCUACUGGCUAAAUAAUGGCUCCACAAAUGGACUUGUUGACAUUCACUAUCACAAUUAGCUAAGCUUAUAUUAUUAUGACCAUCGGCUACAUAUCAUGUAAAAACACCAACUCAUAGGGGCGAGUAAUGUUAUGUUCGCAAUAUUACAACUGAAAUAAGUUCCAGUUGCACUGGCACCAACGUUACUCAAAGAUAAAGCCAUUGCUACAUAAAUAAACUCGUAUCUCCUUAACUGUAUAUCACUGCAACAAAGUGCACUAUUCAGACAUUUUCAGUGUAACUGGGAAACUGGGCAUGCCUGUCAGCAUAGAAAUAGAACAGAAGAUUGUGAUGUUUAUUGCAGCUUCUGCAAUAUCUGCUGCCUUACCUUCGAC